AUGCCGAGCGACACCAGUGACGAGUACCAAGUAACACUCUGUACCUCUGCUUCGCAGCUCCGCAGUGCCUGCGACGUGCGCGUCCAAGUGUUUGUCAAUGAGCAAGGCUUUGCGCUCUCCGACGAGAUCGACCAGUACGACCCACACGCAGCCCACUUCCUCCUCAUACAUCGAUCUGAGCCCACCAAAGCAAUUGGAACCCUUCGUUUGUUGCCAUAUCCGCUUCCCAUUCCCAAACCAGACCCAGCAGGCGCAGAACCGCACGCUUCCUCCUCGUACCCACUCGGAGGUAGCCGGAGCGAAUCCGGCAUCGCCAGCGACUUUAUCAGCGCCGUCUGGACGCACAUCCCCCACCCUACAUCUAGUGCUAGAGAUCCAGCGCAGACACAAGCGGAAGAGCAACAGACCGAAGCAGAGCUGACCGACAAGGGCGGUGCUAAGUUGGGGCGAUUGGCGGUGCUGAAAGAGGCAAGGGGGAAAGGGCUGGGAGAUCUGCUGGUGCGCAGAGCGGAAGCAUGGCUAAUUGACAUUCUCUCCAGUGGUAAGGCGUCGAAGCAGGGUGCAUUUGGGCCUGGACAGACGCUUCAUUCGGAAGCACACGAUGCAAACGAGGAGCAGUCGAAAAGAUUGCAGAGCAUCAUUAUCAAACUCAGCAGUCAGAUCUACGCGAUUGACUUUUACAAAAAGUUGGGCUACGUUCCCGUGGGAGACAGGUAUGACGAGGAUGGUGCACCUCACCAGCUUUGCUAUAAGCACAUCUUCUUGGCCAGCAGCUGA